AUGGCUUCUACAACAGCAGGAAGAACGAGUUUGAUUGGCAGCUAUGAGACCAACAGCAACAGCGCUUGUGGCCUCUACAACGGCAGGAACAACGACAGUUUGAUUGGCAGCUAUGUGACCAACAGCAAAAGCGAUUGUGGCUUCUACAACAGGAGGAACAACGAGUUUCAUUGGCAGCUAUGUGACCAACAGCAACAGCGCUUGUGGCUUCUACAAAAGCAGGAACAACGACAGUUUGAUUGGCAGCUAUCAGGAACAACGACAGUUAGAUUGGCGGAUAUCGGACCAACAGCAAAAGCACUGGUGGCUUCUACGACAGCAAGAAGAACGAGUUUGAUUGGCAGCCUAGUGACCAACAGCAACAGGGCUUGUGGCUUCUACAACGGCAGGAACAACGACAGUUUGAUUGGCAGGAAUGUGACCAACUGCAACAGCGUUUGUGGCUUCUACAACAGCAGGAACAAUGACAGUUUGAUUGGCAGCUAUCUGACCAACAGCAACAGCGCUUGUGGCUUUUACAACAGCAGGAACAGCGACAGUUUGAUUGGCAACUAUCGGACCAACAGAAAAUGCGCAUGUGGCUUCUACAACAGCAGUAACAACGUAAGUUUGAAUUGCAGGUAUCGGACCAACAGCAACAGCACAUAUGGCUUCUACAAAAGCAGGAACUACGACAAUUUGAUUGGCAGGUAUGUGACUAACAUCAACAGCGCUUGUGGCUUCUACAAUAGCAGGAACAACGAUAGUUUGAUUGGCAGCUAUCGGACCAACAGCAAAAGUCCUUAUGGUUUCUACAACAGCAGGAACAACGACAGUUUGAUUUUCAGGUAUGUGACCAACAGCAACAGCGCUUGUGGCUUCUACAACAGCAGGACCAAUGACAGUUUGAUUGGCAGCAAUCGGACCAACAGCAAAAGCGCUUGUGUCUUCUACAACAGCAGGAACAACGACAGACUGAUUGGCAGGUAUGUGACCAACAGCAACAGCGCUUUUGGCUUCUACAACAGCAGGAAUGACGACAGUUUGAUUGGCAGCUAUGUGACCAACAGCAAAAGCGCUUGUGGCAUCUACAACAGCAGGAACACCGAGUUUGAUUGGCAGCUAUGUGACAAACAGCAACAGUGCUUGUGGCUUCUACAACAGCAGGAACAACGACAGUUUGAUUGGAAGGUAUGUGAUCAACAGCAACAGCGCUUGUGGCAUCUACAACAGCAGGAGCAACGACAGUUUGGUUGGCAACUAUCGGACCAACAGCAAAAGCGCUUGUGGCAUCUAAAACUGCAGGAACAACGACAGUUUGAUUUCCAGCUAUCGGACCAACAGCAACAGCGCUUGUAUGUGACCAACAGCAACAGCGCUUGUGGCUCCUACAACAGCAGGAACAACGACAGUUUGAUUGGCAGCUAUCGGACCAACAGCAAAAGCGCUUGUGGCUUCUACAACAGCACGAACAACGACAGUUUGAUUAGCAGGUACGUGACCAACAGCAACAGGGCUUGUGGCUUCUACAACAGCAGGAACAACGAGUUUGAUUCGCUGCUAUGUGACCAGCAGCAACAGCGCUUGUGGCUUCUACAACAGCAGGAACAACGACACUUGAACAACGAGUUUGAUUCGCUGCUAUGUGACCAACAGCAACAGCGCUUGUGGCUUCUGCAACAGCAGGAACAACGACAGUUAGAUUGGCAGCUAUCGGACCAACAGCAAAAGCACUGGUGGCUUCUUCAACAGCAAGAAGAACGAGUAUGUGACCAACUGCAACAGCGCUUGUGGCUUCUACAACAGCAGGAACAACGACAGUUUCAUUGGCAGCUAUCGGACCAACAGCAACAGCGCUUGUGGCUUCUACAACAGCAGGAACAACGACAGUUUGAUUGGCAGGAAUGUGACCAACAGCAACAGCGCUUGUGGCUUCUACAACAGGAGGAACAACAACAGUUUAAUUGGCAGCUAUCGGACCAACAGCAAAAGCGCUUGUGCCUUCUACAACAGCACGAACAACGACAGUUUGAUUGGCAGCAACAGCGCUUGUGGCUUCUACAACAGCAGGAACAACGUCAGUUUGAUUGGCAGGUAUCGGACCAACAGCAACAGCACUUUUGGCUUCCACAAGAGCAGGAACAACGACAAUUUGAUUGGCAGGUAUCAGGAACAACGACAGUUAGAUUGGCAGCUAUCGGACCAACAGCAAAAGCACUGGUGGCUUCUACAACAGCAAGAAGAACGAGUUUGAUUGGCAACUAUGUGACGAACAGCAACAGCGCUUGUGGCUUCUACAACGGCAGGAACAACGACAAUUUGAUUGGCAGGUAUGUGACCAGCUGCAACAGCGCUUGUGGCUUCUACAGCAGCAGGAACAAUGACAGUUUGAUUGGCAGCUAUUGGACCAACAGCAACAGCGCUUGUGGCUUCUACAACAGCAGGAACAACGACAGUUUCAUUGGCAGCUAUCGGACCAACAGCAACAGCGCUUGUGGCUUCUACAACAGCAGGAAAAACGACAGUUUGAUUGGCAGGUAUGUGACCAACAGCAACAGCGCUUGUGGCUUCUACAACAGGAGGAACAACAACAGAUUAAUUGGCAGCUAUCGGACCAACAGCAAAAGCGCUUGUGGCUUCUACAACAGCACGAACAACGACAGUUUGAUUGGCAGGUAUGUGACCAACAGCAACAGCGCUUGUGGCAGCUACAACAGCAGGAACAACGACAGUUUGAUUGGCAACUAUCGGACCAACAGCAAACUCGCUUGUGGCUUCUACAACAGCAGGAACAACGACAGUUUGAUUGGUAGGUAUGUGACCAACAGCAACAGCGCUUGUGGCUUCUACAACAGCAGGAACAACGUCAGUUUGAUUGGCAGGUAUCGGACCAACAGCAACAGCACUUGUGGCUUCCACAAAAGCAGGAACAACGACAAUUUGAUUGGCAGGUAUGUGAGCAACAGCAACUGCGCUUGUGGCUUCUACAAUUCGCAGGAACAACGUCAGUUUGAUUGGCAGGUAUGUGACCAACAGCAACAGCGCUUGUGGCUUCGACAACAGCAGGAACAACGACAGUUUGAUUGGCAGGUACGUGACCAACAGCAACAGCGCUUGUGGCUUCUACAACAGCAGGAGCAAUGA